AUGUCGGAGGAUCCAAAGCAGAUCGCACAGGAGACAGAGUCUCUCCGAAAGGUUGCAUUCUUCGGAAUCGCCGUUUCGACGAUUGCCACGUUGACAGCUAUCAUUGCUGUUCCAAUGCUCUACAACUACAUGCAACACGUGCAAUCUUCUCUUCAAUCUGAGGUCGAAUUCUGCCAACAUAGAUCAAAUGGACUUUGGGAUGAGUACAAAAGAUUCCAAGGAGUUUCCGGAGUUGAGGGACGUAUUAAGAGAGAUGCCUACCACCGUAGCCUUGGAGUUUCUGGAGCUUCCCGCAAGGCUCGUCGUCAAUCCUACGGAAACGACGCCGCUGUCGGAGGAUUCGGAGGAUCUGCCGGAGGAUCAUGCUGCUCUUGCGGAGUUGGAGCUGCUGGACCAGCUGGAGCACCAGGACAAGACGGAGCCCCAGGAAACGAUGGAGCACCAGGAGCCCCAGGAAACCCAGGGCAAGAUGCUUCAGAAGACGCCGUCGCUGGACCAGACAGCUUCUGCUUCGACUGCCCAGCCGGACCACCAGGACCAGCCGGUGCUCCAGGACAAAAGGGACCAUCAGGAGCUCCAGGAGCCCCAGGACAAUCCGGAGGAGCCGCUCUUCCAGGACCACCAGGACCAGCCGGACCACCAGGACCAGCCGGACAACCAGGAUCCAACGGAAACGCCGGAGCUCCAGGAGCCCCAGGACAAGUCGUCGAUGUUCCAGGCACCCCAGGACCAGCUGGACCACCAGGACCACCAGGACCAGCCGGAGCACCAGGACAACCAGGACAAGCCGGAAGCUCCCAACCAGGAGGACCAGGACCACAAGGAGAUGCCGGAGCACCAGGAGCCCCAGGAGCCCCAGGACAAGCCGGAGCACCAGGACAAGACGGAGAGAGCGGAUCCGAGGGAGCUUGCGAUCACUGCCCACCACCACGUACCGCUCCAGGAUAUUAA